GUCAUUUCACGAACGAAUGUGUAUUCCAUUAUUCCACAAACACACUCCCGGACAAGAAGGAAAGUGAUUCAGUUACGUGGUGGCUAGGAGCAAUUCUUAAUUUCCUGUGCUGUAACAACAACAGGGAUUGAGGAGAAUGCUACUUUCAUAACGCUUUUAAUUUACGGACGAUAACAAGUAAAAGUAAACAACAGUGGCCAAUAAAAGUCAUGGAUCCAUUUCGUGUUAAACUGUUGUCCCUCUCAAACGGAAUUACUGAUCGAGAGUUCGUCGACUUGAAGUUUAUGUGCAAGCAGCACAUUCCUGUUGGAGUUUUGGAGAGACUCAAAAGGCCACUAGAGUUGUUUGAUGAACUUGAAAACAGAAACUUGCUGAAUGCGGAUAACAAGGAAUUUCUGGCCGCCAUAUUAGGCGGAAUCAAUCGCUUGGAACUGAGAGAUGACUUAUUGGGUCAAGCUAGUGGAAGUAAUGUUUCAUCUCCACUGAGUACAUUUCAAGAGUCUGUAUGUGACCUAUACAAGAAUGUAAUUGGAUGGCUACAGCCUCUUGCAUGGAAUAAGUCAUUUCAUAUUCACAUCAAACACAUCUAUACCAAUCUGCAGAUGAUCACAGAGACUCAUCAAGGGAGAACCAUAAAGAAAGAGCCCUUGAACUCCUAUGUUGAGGUCUUCAGAAGGCACUCCCCUUUCACCAAGCAGAAACGCAUUCUUAUUGAAGGACAAGCUGGUGUAGGAAAGAGUACAUUUUUGUCACUGAUAGUGUAUGACUGGGCUUCUGGAAAUCCUAAUUUACAGCAAUUCCAGCUUAUCCUUUUCAUGGAACUGAAGCAGAUGAAAGGGAAUCUGAAGAGUGACAUUUUUGAAUUGCUCUUUCCAAGAGAUUUUCCAUAUUCGGCUGAUUAUCUCUUCCAGUAUAUCUCUGCCAACCAAGAAAAUGUUCUUUUCAUUUUAGAUGGUUAUGAUGAAGUCAAUCCUUCCCAACUAAAGGAUAUGGAAGAUCUCAUUAUGGGCAAGAUAUUUAGAAAUGCCACUGUUGUUGUGACAUCAAGGCCUGGUAAAGGUUCUCGUGUGCACUGGUUUAUGGAUUCUCGGAUUGAGAUAACUGGUUUCACAAGCGAGAACAUUCAUGAAUUUGUUCUCAAGUACUUUCAAGAUGAUGUACCGAUGGCUGAGAGUUUAAUGGCGCAACUUGAAAUGCAUCCUGUUGCUGAGAACAUCGCCAGAAUUCCUCUCACAGCAAUGCUCAUCUGUGCGAUGUGGGAAGAGAUGCCUCAAGCAGCGCUGCUUUCAUCAAUGACAUCUCUUUUCACUGAACUCACUCUUUUGCUUGUAAAGAGAUAUUAUGCAAGACAAACUGGUGAGAACAGCAUUGAUCCUGGAAACCUCUCCACCCUGGAAGAUAUUCCAGAGGACCUCUUCCAGAGUCUGUUAUCACUGGGAGAGAUUUCACUCAACGGAUUGCUGAAUGAUCAGUUACUUUUUGAUGUUCAGGAGCUUGAGAAAAAGUGUACUUACAAAGGUGUUUUAGACAUUGGCUUCCUCUCAAAGGAGUUGGGAGCUUCAAGGCUUAAACCUGUUGAGAAGUGCCGGUUUUCACACAGAUCUUAUCAAGAAUUCCUAGCAGCGCUGUGGUUGAGCAACAAGAUCAAGCAGGCUUUCAUUGACAGAUCUGUCUUUGAUUUUGUCAGUGUUUACAUCAUGAACUGCGUGUCCUCAGGGUUAGAUACUGUUCUCUUUCUUUUCACACCUGGGCUGUUAGGAGAUGCUUUUCCGCCUGUUCUGGAGCUUCUUUUGCUGGAAGGUGCUGCUGAAGUUGAAGAAGAUGAAAGCCUAAUGCAGUCAUUCUUUGAAGUUUGUAUUUCCUCCUUGUAUGAAUCAAACCAGGGACACUUGGCCUAUAAACUUGGGUCACAAAUGCCCCCAGGUGUGGCAGCACUACAUCAUUUAAAUGCCACCCCAUACAAAGUUAGGGCUCUGGUUUACUUUCUGUUGAACAUCCAAACAGUGCAGUCCCUACUGAUAGAGCACAGUCAAGUUGGAAAGCAAGCUCUUCAAGUACUUGCCAGGUUCCUUCCUGAAAUGGUAUCAGUCCAAGAGGUAAACCUAAAGUCAAACAUGAUCACUGAUGGAAGUUUGAUUGCCUUUACAAAAUCACUCUCCUGUGUACCUCAUCUGGUAAGGUUCUCACUUGCAAGCAAUUGCAUAACAGAUCAUGGCUUGGGGUUUCUUAUCUCAGCCUUCAAAGAUCUUCCAAAUUUAGAACACAUGGAUCUCCAAGGCAACAAGAUCUCUGAAACAGGCUUUGGAUUGGUAGCUCCAGCACUGUCACUCUUGCCAAAACUGAAAGACCUGCGGCUUGGUUGUCCAGUGGUAUCUGGGACAGAAGAAAUACCAAAAGGUGAAGAAAGGAGUUCACUUAAAGCAUUGACUGAGACGGUGUUUAACUCGCUGAUGGAGGCUGUCCAUUCUCAUGCAACUUUAAAAGAAGUCAAUCUGGGCACUAAAGCACUUCCACUGGGGCUGGACCCCUCAAAAUUUGACAGGCUCAAAGUAUCCUGAAUUAUUUUUGAAGAAAUCUUUAAUAAGUUUAGCUCUACUGUCAAGCUGACAUGAAAAACAAAUUUAUCUAAACAUGCAGAUGAUUUUUCAUGUCAGUGAUUCUGUAGGGCAUGUAUAUGAAACAAAGAUGAAGUGACUGCCCCUCAUUCAAACUAGUAAUUGCUGAUUCUUUUUUAAUAUCUGCACUGAAUUCAGAUGAAUGGGUGGAAAACUUUUAAUUGAUUAUUUCCUUAGGUUGCAGAACAAAUGUACUUUUUUAUAAGGCAAAUGGAGGCAAGUACAAGUGAUGCACAAGGGGGAGGAGGGUGAUAAAUAUUAUUAUUUUUCACACUACUCCCUUCAUGCAAAACUUGUACUUCAUGUUUGCCUCUUGCUUGCCUUUGUUUGCCAGAAAAACACACAAAGAAAGAAAGGAUUGACAAUAACCUUUUCUGCAGGCUAAUACUAUUUUUAAAUGUAUUCGGAACUUAAAAUUGAAUGAAUUUCAUAACUAUAAUUGGAAUUUUAUUAAUUGUGUUGUACAAACAAUAAAUUGACAUGGACAAUGAUUAAAUUGAAGUUGCCCGACUGUGUCUAAAAAAUUUUGAAUGAAUUCUUUUGUACUCUAGGAAUAGUUAUUGUAGAAUUGUUAUAAACCGCAUCUGAGAAUAAAGCAUCCAUAGCUUUCUGGUUUACUCAAUAAAAUCAUCAGCUCAUUAAGUA